AUGAGUCGAACCCCCGUGAAAAAUCCUGAUCCUGGGCUCUUCAGGCCCUUUAUUUCUUCUUCAGCCGCCUCCACCAGCUCAAUGAUGGAGAUAGACGCUGUUUCGGCUCCUGUGCACAUCCAGGAAUCCAUUGGGGAGGAGGAGGAACGAAGGGCUUUGCUUGACGUUGAGCCUGGGGUGGACCAGUACGGAACGAUGGGGAGCAGUAAUGGUCAUAAGUCACAGUCAAACUCCAAUUCCAACUUUACGAAGCGAGUCAAAUACUACAUUCCAUCCCUAGCAUGGAUUCCUGAUUAUUCGUGGUCUCUCUUUGGUGGUGAUUUCCUGGCAGGGCUUACUGUAGCUUCUAUGCUUAUCCCGCAGUCCGUCAGUUACGCAACGUCACUCGCAAAGUUAAGCCCAGUUACAGGUCUAUUUUCGGCGUCAAUUCCUGGCAUUGUAUACGCAUUCCUUGGCACUUCCAGGCAACUAAACGUUGCUCCUGAAGCUGCACUUAGUUUGCUUCUAGGUCAGGCCAUCGACGAGAUUCGUCACAAAUACUCGGACUUUGCUCCACCCUCCUCUGGAAUUGAUAUUCUAGGGUUGGGAGUUUCCACCGUAAUUACACUUCAGGUUGGCCUGAUAUCGUUUUUGUUGGGUUUCUUCCGCCUAGGAUUCAUCGAUGUUGUUCUCAGUCGUGCUCUAUUGCGGGGUUUUAUCUCUGCUGUCGCAUUGGUCAUCAUGGUUGAACAACUCAUUCCGAUGUUUGGCCUGACGGCUUUAAUGCGUGCAGCCGAUCCAGAACAUACCUUUGAAAAGGUUAUGUUUCUUGUGGAGCACGCGUUUACGCAGUCCAAAUGGCUGACGACUACCAUCAGCUUCACUGCGCUUGGUUCGCUUGUUGCGCUCAGGUCAUUCAAAAGUCUGUUCAAGAAUACAUGGUGGAUAUACCGUUUGCCAGAAGUUCUGAUCGUUGUGGUCGUAUCGACGAUUCUCAGUUCUCAAUUCCGUUGGGACAAGGAUGGCGUCGAUAUUCUUGGAGCCGUUUCCAUAAGCACUGGAGAAUCCUUCAUCGAAUUUCCACUCAGUGGAUCUAAUAUAAAACUGAUGCACCGGACAACAUCUACGGCUGUCCUGAUAUCAAUCAUCGGUUUCUUGGAUAGUAUCGUCGCAGCCAAACAAAAUGCUGCUCGCUUUGGAUAUUCUAUAAGUCCUAACCGUGAGCUCGUAGCACUUGGCGCUGCAAAUUUGAUGGGGUCCUUUAUUCCUGGGACCCUACCAGCAUAUGGCUCCAUUACGCGGUCUCGUAUAAAUGGUGAUGUUGGAGGGCGCACACAGAUGGCUUCUCUUGUAUGUUCUGGUAUUGUCCUAUUGGCGACGUUUUUCCUCUUGCCUUGGCUAUACUUCCUUCCGAAAUGUGUCCUGGCUUCGAUUAUAUGUCUGGUUGUAUUCUCACUGCUCGCCGAAACACCUCAUGAUGUCAUGUACUACUGGAGGAUGGGAGCUUGGGUAGACCUUGCGCUCAUGUCGCUGACAUUCAUAUUCUCAAUAGUCUGGAACAUUGAAGUAGGUGUGGUGGUCAGUUUGAUCAUCUCCCUCUUGCUUGUUGUACAUCGUUCAUCAAAGACGCGAAUGGCAAUUUUGGGACGCAUUCCUGGGACUGACAGGUGGAAACCAAUCAGCGAGAAUCCGGAGGCUGAGGAAAGCUUGUCAGGAGUUUUGAUCGUUCGUAUUCGCGAGAAUUUGGACUUUGCUAAUACUUCUCAACUAAAAGAACGUCUUCGUCGACUCGAACUUUACGGUGCCCACAAACGUCACCCGUCUGACGAGCCACGUCGUCAAGAAGCCUCUGUGCUUGUCUUUCACAUGGCCGAUGUCGACACUUGUGACGCAUCGGCGGCUCUGAUCUUAUACGAAUUGUUGGAAGAAUACAAGAACCGGAGGGUGGAAUUAUUCAUCGCUCAUCUACGACCUGGUCCACGACGAACCUUUGAAAAAGCUGGCAUAAUUGACCUUCUGGGUCCUGAUGCCUUUCGAGAAGAUGUCGCUGAUGCGAUGACAAUCGUCGAAAACUCGACCAGAUAG